AUGCAUUUUCUUUCUUUUCUAGUCUCUUCCCUUCGUUCUUUUUCUCUUUAUAUUUUUAGUUUUAGUUUUCUUUCAUUCUUUCUUGCCACAUCACCCCACUUUCAUUCUUUCCUUCCAUAUCUCUCCUCUUUCAUUCUUUCCUUCCAUAUAUCCUCUUUCUUUUUCUUCUCACAUCUCUCCACUUUCAUUCUUUCCUUCCAUAUAUCCUCUUUUCUUCCCACAUUUCUCCUCUUUCAUUCUUUCCUUCCGUAUCUCUCCUCUUUCAUUGUCUUCGCACAAUUCUCUUCUUUCGUUCUUUCCUUCCAUAUCUCUCCUCUUUCAUUCUUUCCUUCCAUAUCUCUACUCUUUCGUUCUUUCCUUCCAUAUCUCUCCUCUUUCAUUGUCUUCCCACAAUUCUCUUCUUUCGUUCUUUCCUUCCAUAUAUCUCCUUUCUUUUUCUUCCCACAUCUCUCCACUUUCAUUCUUUCUUUCCAUAUAUCUCUUGUUUCAUUCUUUCUUUCCAUAUAUGUCCUCUUUCAUUGUCUUUCCUUCCAUAUCUCUACUCUUUCAUUCUUUCCUUCCAUAUCUCUACUCUUUCAUUCUUUCCUUCCAUAUCUCUACUCUUUCAUUCUUUCCUUCCAUAUAUCCUCUUUUUUUUUCUUCUCACAUCUCUCCACUUUCAUUCUUUCCUUCCAUAUAUCCUCUUUUCUUCCCACAUUUCUCCUCUUUCAUUCUUUCCUUCCGUAUCUCUCCUCUUUCAUUGUCUUCGCACAAUUCUCUUCUUUCGUUCUUUCCUUCCAUAUCUCUCCUCUUUCAUUGUCUUCGCACAAUUCUCUUCUUUCGUUCUUUCCUUCCAUAUCUCUCCUCUUUCAUUGUCUUCCCACAAUUCUCUUCUUUCGUUCUUUCCUUCCAUAUAUCUCCUUUCUUUUUCUUCCCACAUCUCUCCACUUUCAUUCUUUCUUUCCAUAUAUCUCUUGUUUCAUUCUUUCUUUCCAUAUAUGUCCUCUUUCAUUGUCUUUCCUUCCAUAUCUCUACUCUUUCAUUCUUUCCUUCCAUAUCUCUACUCUUUCAUUCUUUCCUUCCAUAUAUCUACUCUUUCAUUCUUUCCUUCCAUAUAUCUCGUCUUUCAUUGUCUUCCCACAUCUCUCCACUUUCAUUCUUUCUUUCCAUAUAUCUCCUCUUAGAUUGUAUUCUCAUACCUCUUCUCUUUCAUUCUGUCUUUUCAAAUCCUUUCAUUUAUUAUUUCUUUUUAUAUUAUUCUUUUAUGUGCCGUGUCCCUUCCAGACGUAG